UUUGUCACACCCGUGGUAUAUGGUCUGAUAUACCAUGGCUGUCAACACAUAAUUGAAAUGUACACUCCUUAAAAUAAAACCAAUGUGUCUCCCGUCCCCCUCUUCACGUAAAGCCUACAUGCCUUCAGCAUGGCAGGUUAUGUGUUGUAAUACAAAUCUGCUGCUGAGCCAUGAGAUUGAACACCAGAGAAUUGGCGAUACCUCCGGUCAGAUGUGGUCAACAGCUUGGUGCGAGCAAUCCUCUCGUUAUCACCGCGUUAGUUGUUACGCCUUGACGGGGCAUCAUCCUCCCGACCUGUCCUGCAUCACCUGUCACUUUGAGCCAAGCACACGCGCCUCUCAGCUCCUCCUCAGCGGGUCCUCGCUCGACUUGAAAAUGAGGUCGCCGCAUUAUUAUUUCAAGGUUAUUUCCUUUUCUUUAAGGCCUUUAUAUUCAGAUCCUAUGGGAGUUCUUAUUUUCACGGCGUUGCUUUGGACCUUCAGUGGAGUGGGAUGCCUUCCUCUAUCCUCCUCUCUACCGAUUGGAAAGGUUGCUGACUGUAUUCAGGACUCUCUGAAGAGUAACAGCGGUGUGCCACAUUCUAGCUGUGACAAACGGAGAACAGAUGAUGCUGUCAACAGGCACCAGGGUCUCCUGAGAGAGCUGCAGGAUCUAGCCCAGGAGGGUCAGUCUGACUACGAGAGGGAAAAAGAGAGAGAGUAUGGGAGGGAGAACGAGCGAUAUGAGGAGAACCAGGCUGAGGGAGAGGGGGACAGAGAGGGGAGGAAGGAGGAGCAGAAUAAUGACAAGAAGGAGACUGAGAAAGAAGAGCUGAGAGAGAAAGAGACGAAGGCCGAUGGGGUAGAGGAGGAGGAGAAGGUGGAAAUGAAGGACAGAACAAAUGAGGAGAUAAGGGAAGAGCCCCGACUGGAGGAGAAAAGGGGGGAUGAGGAAGAGAGCGCCAAAGAGUUGGAGGAGCUCCUCGCAAAAGAGAUAAGGAAGAUAGGAGAGGAGGAAAAAGAGGACAGGGAGCUUGAGGAGCUGCUCAAGGAGCUGAAGAAGAAAAGGUACGAGUCUGUGAAGGAGAAAGAGCUCCAGAGAGGGUUAGAAGCAGAGGAGGAGAGGAAGAAGGAUGAGGAGGAGGAGCAGAAAAAGGGAGAGAAAGAGCAGCUAGAUAUUCUUGAGAAGGAAGAGAGGAAACGCAGCGAGGAGAGGAAGAACAAUGAGGUGGAGCUGCUGGUGGAGAAAGGGAAGGUGGAGCGGGAGCUCAAGGAGCUGCUGGAGGAACAGGACAGCAUGAAGAAUGUGGCGAAGGAGAAAGAGAGGGAGGAAAAACAGGAGGAACUGGAAGAGCUCCUCAAAAAGAUGAAACGUGUGCAAGAGGAGGAGGAGCGAGAAGAGGAGGAGAGGAAGAGAGGGAAUGCCAGGGAUGAGGUGAAAGUGGACAAAGAGAGCCAGAAGGAGGGAGAGAUUCACAAGGAAUUGGAGAAGGUGAAAGAAAGAGAGAGUGAGAAGGAGGUUAAGGAGCCUCAGCAGAAGAGAGUGAUGGAGAAAGCAAGUGAUGAGUCGACCCGUCAGUUUGAAAAGGAGAGGAACAGGGACGAUGAUGAUGAUGACGAUGAUGAAGAAGCAGAUGAGGAAGAUGAUGAUGAAAACAAUGAGGAUUGGGAAGAGGAAGAGGAGGAUGAGGACAAAAGGAGGAUGUUGAGGAGGAUGAAGGAGCGGAGCUUCUGGAGAUUGAGGCAGAGCUGCGAAAAGUGGCUGCAGAGCUUCGGGAGCUUCACAGGAGUCGUUAAGUUCUAAAUUACACACACACACACACACACACACACACACACACACACAGAAAGACAAACAACACAAAACAGACAGAUAAUGACACAAUGCAGCUCUCUCUCUCAUGCUAUCACACACAGAAACACACACAACUAACUUACUUAGUAACAUGGUAUAAUCAUAAUGCUUUUGAUGGGAUGUACUUCUGUAAGUAGUUGCAUUUUAGAACAAGCAUAGAGGUACACUUCUCCCCAUCCCUUAACUCUCAUAUUGCAUUCAGAGAUUACAAGUUCUUUAGAUGUCAGUCUUUCUGUGUGUUGCCAUUAUCAAAGAUGGUUUAGUAGGCAAAAUGUACAACCUUGCAAAGCUAUAGUUAGUCUACAUCUCAUGAUAUGUGGGAAAGAGGUCUCCUUUACGAUAUGUCUCGUGUAUAUAUUUUGUGCAAUAAUUAAAAAUCAGUGUGUGGGAUUUGUUAAGGUCAUUGUGGCUUUUAAUGUAAGCAAUGUAUCACUGGUAUUUGUAAUAUUGACAUUUUGAUUCCUAUGAUUGAUUUCCAUGUGUAUGUCAACAAAAUGUGAGGAUUGUGCUAUCUGGCUAAUGCACUGUUAAUAGCAGACUGUUAAUGAAGAACUGGGGUACCACUCCAGGAGAAUCUUAAUUGCAAAAUCCUUGCGUCCUCUCUCCUCCUUUUCAAAACUCAUUGUAAGAGAAGACCAGAAGGGCGGGACAUCUGGCUUUCUCAUCCAAUGGUGUUUGAGAAGGAGAUGAGGACAUGAGGAGUAUUCAACUGAGAUCUUCCCUCAGAAAGAGAAGGUGUGUGACCACGGAAACCUCUUUAGUAUUGAUGUAUACUACCGUUCAUGGGUUUAGGGUCACUUAGAAAUGUCCUUGUUUUCCAUGAAAACAUACAUGAAAUGAGUUGCAAAGUUAAUAGUAAAUAUAGUCAAGACGUUGACAAUGUUAUAAAUAAUGAUUUUUAAUUUAAAUAAUAAUUGUAUCCUUCAAACUUUGCUUUCGUCAAAGAAUCUUCCAUUUGGAGCAAUUACAGCCUUGCAGACCUUUGGCAUUCUAGUUGUCAAUUUGUUGAGGUAAUCUGAAGAGAUGUCACCCCAUGCUUACUGAAGCACCUCCCACAAGGAUUGGCUUGAUGGGCACUUCUUACAUACCAUACGGUCAAGCUGCUCCCAUAUCAGCUCAAUAGGGUUGAGAUCCGGUGACUGUGCUGGCCACUCCAUUAUAGACAGAAUACCAGCUGACUGCUUCUUCCCUAAAUAGUUAUUGCAUAGUUUGGAGCUGUGCUUUGGGCCAUUGUCCUGUUGUAGGAGGAAAUUGGGUCCAAUUAAGCGCCGUCCAGAGGGUAUGGCAUGGUGUUGCAAAAUAGAGUGAUAGCCUUCCUUCUUCAAGAUCCCCUUUACCCUGUACAAAUCUCCCACUUUACCACCACCAAAGCACCCCCAGACCAUCACAUUGCAUCCAACAUGCUUGACAAAUCAAGCAUUCCUCUAGCAUCUUUUCAUUUUUUCUGCACCUCACGAAUGUUCUUCUUCGUGAUCCGAACACCUCAAACUUAGAUUAUCUCUCCAAACACUUUUUUCCAAUCUUCCUCUGUCCAGUGUUUGUGUUCUUUUGCUCAUCUUAAUCUUUUAUUUUUAUUGGCCAGUCUGAGAUAUGGCUCUUUCUUUGCAACUCUGCCUAGAAGGCCAGCAUCCCGGAGUUGCGUCUUCACUGUUGACGUUGAGACUGGUGUUUUGCGGGUACUAUUUAAUGAAGCUGCCAGUUGAGGACUUGUGAGGUGUCUGUUUCUCAAACUACACACUCUAGGGUACUUGUCCUCUUGCUCAGUUGUGCACCGGGGCCUCCCACUCCUCUUUCUAUUCUGGUUAGAGACAGUUUGCGCUGUUCUGUGAAGGGAGUAGUACACGGCGUUGUGUGAGAUCUUCAGUUUCUUGGUAGUUUCUCGCAUGGAAUAGCCUUCAUUUCACAGAACAAGAAUAAACUGACAAGUUUCAGAAGACAGGUCUUUGUUUCUGGCCAUUUUGAGCCUGUAAUCGAACCCACAAAUGCUGAUGCUCCAAAUACUCAACUAGUCUAAAGAAGGACAGUUUUAUUGCUUCUUUAAUCAGAACAACAGUUUUCAGCUGUACUAACAUAAUUGCAAAAGGGUUUUCUAAUGAUCAAUUAGCCUUUUAAAAUGAUAAACUUGGAAUAGCUAACACAACGUGCCAUUGGAACACAGGAGUAAUGGUUGCUGAUAAUGGGCCUCUGUACGCCUAUGUAGAUAUUCUAUUAAAAAUCUGCCGUUUCCAGCUACGAUAGUCAUUUACAACAUUAACAAUGUCUACACUGUAUUUCUGAUCAACUUGAUGUUAUUUGAACGGACAAAAAAGUAGUUUUUCUUUCAAAAACAAGGACAUUUCUAAGUGACCCCAAACUUUUGAACGGUAGUGUAUUUCCUAUGUUAUAACAGAACAAGGUCAAAACAUAAUGAUAUAAAACAAUUAUAUAAUAAGAUGAGGAUUGUUCCUUUAGUUCUUUUUGUUUGUAGUUUGGGUCACCCAGGUGGUCAAAAGUAAUAGAAAUGGAAUGAAUGGGAAUGUCCGUUCUAAUAAUUCUAUUUCUAUGGUCAGGGUGGCGCCCCAGCUCUUCUCCCAGCUUUGCACUCUUAUCUUAACCAGCCAAGGAAGUCUAAAUAGAGGAGCGACUACACUAAGCCAUUUCCAGUAUUUGGUCAUAAUAAACAGUGACUGUUCUAAAACUUUGUUUUUAAAUUGGUAAGAUAUUGAUGUUCAUCGUCAUGGUUUUUCAUAGUUUGUGAUCUCCACUGUUACGCAGCCAUGUUGGAAUAAGAAAUGUGAGGAAACAGUACCCCCGCAUGUUAAAUCAAUAUAAGUGCAUUAUGUGCUAUACAGUUGCAUGGUUAAUAACAUAGGUGGAGGAACAACAAGAAUUGCAAUACAAGAAUGAGAAUAAGAAGUCAGCUUAUUAAAACCUAUAAAGCUAUAACAAUGUACAUAUUAAAAACAAAUGAUGAUGAUUUCCUGUAAAUGUACUUUGUUAUGUCAUUAAAAUGCAUCAUAAAUAGACUUUUAAAUAUAAACACUCCUUUUCUAUCUAACAUUAAUUUGCAAUUAUAAACUGGGUGGUUUGAGCCCUGAAUUCUGAUUGGCUGACAGCCAUGGUAUAUCAGACCAUAUACCACGGGUAUGACAAAUGUUUUAUUUUUACUGCUCUAAUUUUGUUGGUAACCAGUUUAUAAUAGCAAUAAGGCACCUUGGGGGUUUGUGGUAUAUGGCCAAUAUACCCCGACUAAGGGCUGUCUCCAGGCACUCCGCGUUGCGUUGUGCUUAAGAACAGCCCUUAGCCGUGGCACAUUGGCCACAUACCACUCCCCCUCAGGCCUUAACACUGGUAACUGUUGGGACUCAUAGAAAACGAAUAUAAAACACAUCAACACCAUGUAAGAAGUCAAACAGGCUACUCACUAUGUGUUGUGAGAUUUACUCAAGAAUGUAUACCAUUUCAACAUUUAGAAAUUUAUUUACCAAAUGAAUUUUACCAGCAAAAGGGUUGUGGAUUGUAAGUGGGAUGUAAAGGACAAAUUAGUGGAGGUCAACAUUUGUAAUUGUACUGGCCCAAUCAGAGUCCUGCAUCUGUGCCUACUGUGUCUUAUAUGCUACAUGUCAAUCAAUAAAAGCACAGUGUAUACUA